GUGCCCGAAAAUCCGUUCAUUGACGACGAGGCACAGAAUCCUUUCAUCAACGACGACGAUGACUUAGAGACGCCUACUCAGACGAACUCAUUUACAUACCCCACCGCUGGUACUGCUACCACGGCUAACGUUACACAGCGAGAGGAGGAUCUAGAGAGGAGGGAAAUGGAUAUACAGCUACGAGAGAGUCGUAUAAAGCAGUUCGGUAGAAAUAACUGGCCAUCUUUCUACCCGCUCAUUUAUUUGGACAUAAAGGAGGAAAUCCCUGCUGAACAUCGCUCUACUACCUUACUAGCCUACAGGUUGUGGCUAUUUCUAGUCGCUGUAUUUGCCAUCAAUUGGGUGGCAUGUCUUUUGCUACUCAUUCAGGGCGACGGCUUCGAGAGUCUGGCAGCUGCUAGCGGCUACCUGUUGAUCAUCCCAUUAUCAUUCCUCUUAUGGUUUAGACCACUCUACAAUGCUCUCAUGAAGGGUCACGCCUUCUAUUACCUCGUUUACCUCUUCUUCGCGGGAUGUCACAUCGUUUUUUCUGUCUAUGUAUUUAUUGGUAUACCUUCCACUGGCGGCGCUGGUCUCAUCAAUACCAUACGCGCGUUCACUUCUGGUAAGAUCGCUGCAGGUGUUCUUUGUGCUGUCAGCACAGUGGGAUGGGCUAUACAGGGACUCGGUUUCGCCUGGAUUUAUCUCCAAAUAUACAAGUUAUAUAAGCGCAAGGGGUUGACUAUCGAUGCUGCAAAAUCUGAAGUCACGGCGCAUGGUUUCAGAGCGUAUUUCUCAGUUUGUUCGGCGCUUUUGAUGAUGAAUUCAAGCUAACACACCCUCAGCGCAGUUCUAAUAUUUAAAAGAUAUCAAUGUUAAUUGUACACGUAGUUAAGAAAUGCAAGUGAUUAGAAUUACUCAAUUA